AUGCCGCCAUCGGGACGCGAGGCCUUUUAUCAACAAGUCCUCGACCUGCCCCCAGAUGCCCUCCUAUGUCCUUUCAGUUUCUUCGGCGCUGGCUUCGCUGCAAAACUCAAGUUCCGUGGACGAACCGUGCACGUCGACUUGCGCGACUUCACCGAUCUGGACGUGCCCCCGCGUGCACUUUCUGCACGUGACACUGACCCACGCCCACACGUCCUACGUCUACCCGAACUUGAACGUUACGUUCUUGUUCAACCCCACCAAGACCAGGACCUGAGUCAGGACCAAGACCAGGACCUGAGUCAGGACGAAGACCAGGGCCCUAGGCCGGAUCAAGACCAGAACCAAGACCCGGGCGGCGGGAACGUGAGUCGGUUGUUCCACACGUAUCUAGACCCGCUGGAGGCCGCGAUCGACCCGACGCGACCGGUCUACGCCAUCCCCAUCGUGCCCCGAUCGACCCCUUCUCCUGAGGGCGCCGCUGCCGCUACCACGGGUGGCCGUUUUGGUCGUUUACUGCCAUACUUGUGGCGCCGCGUAAUGGUGACCGACUGGCGGGACGACGGCUGUCUGCAGUCAACCGUGGGUCCGCUCAUGCUCGGGCAACCCUGGCGUGGCGCCACGGAAGCCGUCGACGCCGUCGAAUGCCAACGUCUUUGCACCGGACCAUGCGUCGCGUGGCAAAUGCGCCACGCCACACACUGCGAGUGGUUCAGCCAAGUCCGGUUCGAAGUGCCGGCAACGCAAGUCCUCCGCAACCGCUGCACAGAACUGAUCGCACUCGACUCCGCGCCUGGCGCCCUCAACCCCAAUCCCGUGACCACGAGCCCGAUGACUAUCCCUUUCCCGAACCAGCUCCCGAACCCCUUCUCCCUGGCGACCAAGGCCGUUCAAAACGUGACCAAGACCACUCGAAGCGUGACCAAGACCCCGACCACUCCAGACGUGGUCAAGACCAGUACUCAAGACCUCCUUGCCGGUUCCCUUUCUGGGUUAUCGACAGUGGUGGGUGACUUGUCUCCGGCCCCCCCGCCAGUGCUGGAAUUAUUGGCGGCCGAUGUGCAGCCGGGUCGAUCAUUUGGCAACCAGGUGCGUGCGACGUGGUCGGUGAAGACGUCGGCCUUAGCAUCUGAGCCGCACGUGUUACGUGUGGCACUGACGUGUGCGGGUCAUCGUGUAUAUACGGCACAGGUUGUCUUUGAUGCGACGCCAGUGCUCGGAUUUGCUGAAGGUCGACUGGAUCUCGCAUUCCGUGCACGAUUCGCGCCGACGGAAGAUUGUGCUCUCCGAGUCCUCCUAGACGCUGCCGCCGCUGCAACGACCUUCCCACUCCGAGAUGCCCCACUCAGCGAAGCCGAAUCUUGGCUCCUCGUUUGGAACCACCCACUUGCAACGACACGAACUGCACCCGUCGCAGAACUUGUGUCGGUGCCCAACGUCGCCUUGCACACACUCAUCUCCGGCGGCCAACUCCUUGCCACCUCACCCACCGAUUUGAACCUAGACCGCGGGCUCGAUCUAGACCUACACCGCGGGCUCGAUCUAGACCUAGACCGCGGGCUCGAUCUAGACCUGGAUCUGAACCUGAACCCUCCUCGUAGUCUGGCCGAGGACGCGGUGUUGUGGCGGAGUGUGCGCGUGUUUGCUCAGUCGUUCGACUCUGUGUCAUCACGAGACUGCGAGGUUGCGCGACUGGGUCCGGAGGUGUAUGAGUUACGCGCGGCGCGUUCACAGCACUGUGCAUUGAAUGCGGCAUUGGCAGUGCGUCGCGAUACCGAAGUCUUGGCGAUGUAUACGAAAGAAGUGACGUUGAGUGUGUGUGAACGGAGCUGUGACGGACCCACACACGUGCGCCGUGCAUGGACCGUUUUCGCCGACCGAGAUGCUCGCGCCGGAUUCCUCUCCGGCGCGCUCACUGUGCACUGGAAUGCACCGGUACAGAACGCGGCAUGCUACGUGCUCGUCGGCCUCGGAGCGGCCUGGAGAGUGGUAGGAUACAGCGGUCUAGAUCGCCUCACCGCUCGUCUCCAAAUCCCGCUCUCUCCCACCUCGGUCGACGCAGACGAAGUGCUACGCACCGUCUGCUACGCACCCCAUCUCACUCCUCUCGUCACUGACAUUAAGAGACCCGAUUGGGACCAGGACAUGGACCAGGACAACACCCGCCGAAGAACCACCGAUCUAUAUGACCUUGUGGGCGACCUCAAUGACGACCCUAACCGCCUCGGCUUCUAUCUCAAACUCCUACCCGUCUCUGACCCCGAUAUUGCCUCUUUCCCUCCUCACUCUGCCUCUUCCCCUCACUCUGCCUCUUCCCCUGACUCUGCCUCUUCCCACUCUCACCCUUCCCAAUCUCAUCCAUCAGCCUUUACCAUCCCGUCUGCCGGAGCGGCAGAGGCAGCAGCGAAGGCAGCAGCGGCCCGCGUGGACACAGUGUGCCUGUCGAGUGUCCGGCGGCCGAGCGACUGCGUCAUGGACCUCACGGACAACGACAUCGGCUGCCAGCUCUCCGGCGCCGGCUCCGACGGAUUCACGCUGCACUGUCCGGCGCUGGACUUGGACUUCGUGCGCACGGUAUACCGCGAGGCCGCUGCAGAUGAAUUGGGUUUACCCUCAGCUCCGUUUGACCAACGACUGGAGGAUGUCAGCACCUUGGCUCGGUUCACAGUCUUCUUCAGGGAUGGGUCGUUUACAACACACUUAUUGGAAGCGAACAAGAUCUUCACGUCCAUGGCGUCGGGUCCGGUGUACGAGGACCUGUUAGCCUUAAGGCCGUUGGCAGCGGCACGUGCAUGGGACUUCAGUGCGCGUUUGGAGAAGAGUCAGUACUGCACGGACUGGGACAGUCAGUCGUUGCUUACCGGUCGCGGUUGCUUCGAGCCAGAACCGGGUGCGCCGGCCGUGGAUUUUUUCCACGUCGGCGGCACCUGCUUCAAACCUGUGGCUGGCUGGAUCCGUCCCACGGACCAACUGCACACAGCGAGUAUGUCCGGGUUGCCGACCCCGGCGGGGUUGUCGACUCCUCUGACGGGAAGUGUGGAGACGGCGCGCAUGUUGGUGGCAGAGGAUGAAGAGUGCCGCACACGCUGCGAAUCGGCGGGUCCGACGCGGUGUGAGUACUUCGUGGUGAACGUGCGGACGUGUGUCGCGCCGAACGUGUGUGUGCAACGCGGAGCAGUGACGCAGCGCGUGUGUUCAUUGCGUGUCGGUGCAGACGGACUAGGAUCCUCCGGUGUGCUCCGGGCCCCCGGUUCGAUUCCCACCCCGUCCAAUUCUGUGUUGGAGUGGUUGGACUUGGCAGAGGGCGAAAGUCGCUCGGUGUUAUGCAGUCCGGCCCCGGAGUUGGCCCGGAAACCCGGCAUCCUCAUCACGGCGACGGACCUGGACCAGCGAACGGCUCACUAUUACGGACACCUGGCAGUGCUCGAGUUGCAUCCGGUGAGCGCCCUCUCACGCUUCCAUGUCUUUGCCCGCACACCCACCGAGCUGCUCCCGCUCGGCGUGGUCGCGAAACGAGCACGCGCACCCGGCACCUUCGCCGAUGCCGGGGCCCUACAGCCUCUCGUCCACGACAUGCGCUUCCUACUCCGCGAACAACAAAUUGAACAGUUCCUCGUACUCGCCACUGGCGCCCGCUCUCAGGUCUACGGACUCGCUCUACCCGACAACACGCAGCCCUGGUUCCAGGCCCCAAAGGAUGCACUUCAAAUCCGCUUCGAACAACAACGCGGAACAAGGUCCGAAGCUCUCCAAAACGACGAGCUCCACGGACUCACACACCGUGCGCUGCAGACCUGGCACGAACGAUUUGUCCGCGACGUUCUUCGGAUCCAAGUCCGCGACGUCGAGAUCGCCAUAACCGCCCGCCGACGACUGGCAGGUCUAGACCCCUUGUACAGCAUGCUACAAGACGCUUAUCAAGAGCCCUACGGUCAGGAUUCCCACGGCCAGAACCCCUCGUUGGAUUCGUGGAGUGCGGUGGCGGCGUUGAAGGAGACGGCGCCUGCUGCAUACCAAUCGCUGCUCUUUGGCUCCGCUGUAGCGCCGGUCGCUAGGAUUCGAACGCGGGACAUGGGAGCGCCGGCGGCGGGAGCUGACUCCACCUCAGAUGCUUCGGCUGACUCCACUUCAGAUGCUUCGGCUGACUCGACCUCAGAUGCUUCGGCCGCCUCGGAGGACAACGAGUCGGCCUUCCUGACGGGUGCGGCAGCGGCGGAGUUUGCCCCUCGGUCGCUGACGGCUGCGGGGUCGGUGCUGUCGGCAGGCAACUUGGUGCAAGUGGAGUGGGUGGUGAAGUUACCGGCGGAGGGAAUGCCAUGGGAUUUGUAUGGGGCAUUGGGGGAGAGCCGUUGGUUGUUGCGGCGGGUGCCGGAGACGGACCGACGACUGCCUCUGCGCCUGAGUUUCCUAUCGUCUUUUCUGGACGCACCCUUUCUCGAGUUCGAGAUGUGUGCACGCGGUUCCACACGACGUUGCACACCGCUACCCGCGCCCGUGCGAACCCCGGCGGCACCGCUGACUCUCGCGGAGCAGCCGCAGACGCCGCUCGCGCCCGCGUGCGCCUUCCAGAUGCUUUCUGCUGACCUCGACCCGCGUCCGGCAUACACACUCUUUCGACUCCGAGUCAAAGAUGAACAGACACCCAAACUGCUCUCGGCUACAGAGAUCAAACAACAACUCAGCCGUUGCCAGUGCACCGACCACCCGGGCGGGCGACAGGCUGACCACCACGCUGGCCGGAGUGGUCUCGACCACUCUGGACGGAAUAGCACUCUGGACUUUGUCAGCCUGAAGACUCAGCACUUGCCAACUGAUAACUGGACCGCCAGCCAGAGUCGCCCUGCCAGCUCGAUUCCGGACAGCUUCGAGGAAGACUGGUGCGACCUGACUGACCGCAAGACCCGGCUGGUCGCCGGCUCGGCAACCAACGUGACCGCCCAGAUCCGCAACGAGGACCUCCGCACCCGCUAUCUCGCCGGCAAGGUCGUCUUCUCCGGACUACCACGAGUCGUGGGCGCUCUCGAAGACAACCCGCCUGUCUUCGGCGUUUGUUUCUGGCACGGUCUUAAACAACAGUCACUCGCCACCAACCCCAUCCCCUUAACCUGGACCCGCGCCGGGGACUACUAUCACCAAGAUGGGGACUACCACCACCAAGAUGGGGACUACCACCGUGACGACCAAAGGUCGGCGUAUGUAGGCGUGGUUCCCUUCGGAACCCGGCGUCUGGCGGAUGCGGCGAGUUGUCUGGUCUGGGUAGAAGGCAGUGUGCUGUUGGAGGACGUACCGCUGCUGGUUGUCUCGGCGCCGACGGCGGCAAUGACCGCGUUGCCUGCCCCCUCUUCCUCCUCUUUGACGCCGGUGCGAUUCGAACCCGCGACCGACAGCUUCCGAGUCACGGAACGGGACGGCUGGGUGCGUGUGCAGUGCGAUGCCGCACCCGUCUGGGCCGAGGCUGAGGGGCUUGGGGAGCGCUGGAUCGUUUGCAAGGCGCUCGGUGACUCUCAAAAGUUCCAACUCGACUCAAGUGUUUGUACGCGUCUGUACUCCGCAGACGCCGUCUACCGUCUCUGUCCCCGCGACCCUGUUCAGGACGACGAGGACCUCAAGGCGCCGGGAGACGGAGCCGGUGAGUGGGCGGGAGAGGGGACCGUGGAGGUCUUGUAUUUGCCUAUGCACCCACCUAAGCUCGCCAUUUCCUACCCCGUCGGCGAGAGUCUGAUCGUAUCCUACCCCGUCGGCGAGACGGACGACGUCGAGAUGGACGACCCGGUCCGUGGUCUGGAGUCGAACCCCCGCGCCCAGGGGCUGGAAUCGAAGCGGG